GACACCCUCGUGUACUUUUCUCGGGAAAUCGGAGUCUGGCAUCGCCUGAGUCAUCCGCAUAUCCUGCCUCUCCUCGGUGCCUGCGACCAGGAUGCCAGCGGCAAUUCCAUCCGCCCGUAUAUGGUGUCGCCGUUCUUGCCCAACGGCACCCUCCUCAAGUAUGUCUCGGACGCAAGCAACCCCCGUUCCGUCGAAGAAAAGCUCCGCCUCCUCUACCAAGUCGCCGCAGGCAUGUCGUACCUCCACGGCAACAACAUCGUUCACGGUGACCUCAAAGCCGAGAAUAUCCUCCUCGAUUCAUCGUUCAACUCGGUCAUCACCGACUUUGGCCUCUCCCGCACCAAGCACACUGCUGCAUCAGCCGCACGUGCCAAGCCCACAGAUAUCUCUGGUGGCACUCAUGGCUAAAUGGCCCCCGAGAUGCUCGCCGGUGAUGA